AUGGCUCCUUCACGUAGACCCUCGCUUGAGCACUACCCAUCACCACGUCGAUCUGACUCACUACGCGACGAUACCUGCAGCUGGCAGCAGGGCUUGUGCCGUAGCGUCGCCGUGAAGCCCGCAAAAAAUAGGUACCCGCGAGCGAUGCCCACCAAGAAGCACGAUGUGCACUCGCCCGUCAAGCUGCUGUCUGCAUACGUCCCAGAUCGGUCCACGCUGCUGCGGUCG